AUGGGACCAGACAAAGCCAACGAUUCAAAACCAAAUAUCAAACAAAACACCAGCCAAGUAAACAAAAUAGGCAAGCGUGAAGCCAAAAGACAAAACAGGGUUUCUGGUACUGCUACUAGGAGGAGCAAAAACAUCAUACCAGGAAAACCUGAAUGGGACAGAUCAUCAAUCACCAAAGCAAAAAUCUCUGUUCCACAGAAACAACCCAAACCCAUUUUCACAACCACACAUGACAAAAAAUCCACAGAAAAUGUGAAUCAUGGAGUGAACAAAAAAAGCGACACGUUCCCACCACGAGUUGCAGGAAAAACAUCAAAAACAUCAAAGAACAAUUCCUUGGAGAAGGGUUGUGUUUCAGAGCCCAAAACUCCAGCAGCAGCAUUGUCCCAUGUUAGAACCAAUAUAUCUACACCAUUCCACACUGCAGACAAUUGUAGCAAAUGCCGCUUUGACAAGCUUGAGACCUCAUCUUAUUGGGUUGGUCAAAUCAAAAUGGCUGAGUCUGUUGGCAAACAUUUUGUUGCCUCUGACUUCUUCAGGCUUGCUUUCGAAUCUCAGGCUGAGGUCUGCUUUAUCAGUCACAAUAAAUGUCUCUGAAUGAAUGCUGCAAAACUUGAUAAAAUAUGCAUGCACACACAACUGAAAAAGGAAAAGUUUAGACUACCAUAUCUAAUUACAA